UCAACUCAAAUUAUGGAAGUUGGACAUUUCCCUUGAAGAAAAUGAGAAUUAAUAGUCACCAAUACAAAAUUAGCGCUAACAUAGAGGACGAGCUUGGAUAUAUAGAGCUGACUUCAAUUUCGAAGAUUAGCAAACACUUCACUUCUCAGUCAGCCAGUGAGCACCAUCAGCUUUAUACCAUCGUAGAACGUUCUGUUGAAACUAAAGAGAUCCAUUGUACAAGAGCUAAAGUCGUAGAAGUUCUUCAUAAAACAUUGGAGGCUCUAAAAGACGAUUCUGAAUUUGGUAAUCUUGUGAGAAGAUUUUAG